CCCCGCUCUAUCAACCAUGGCGAUCGUCCUUUCCACCAUGAAGGUCAUCGCGGCCGUGUUUCUCAGCCUAGCAUUGUACAACUUUCUCGAGCUUAAUGUCUACAUUCUCACCCUGUUCAAACGGCGCAGCGGGCUGUAUUUCUGGAGUUUCACGGUUGCCACAUAUGGAAUCCUUUUCAACUCGGUUGGAUAUAUGCUCAUGCAUUUGGUCGACAUCAAGAUGAAGAACGUAUACGCUACAUUAAUCCUCAUAGGAUGGUGUUGUAUGAUCACUGGUCAGUCGGUGGUUCUGUAUUCGCGGCUGCACAUUGUUAUGCACAACCUCCGAUGGCUCAAGUACGUCCUAACUAUGAUCAUCGUCAACGCAAUCUGGCUACACAUUCCUGUUAUCGUAAUCGUCUAUGGUACAAACUCAGCCAACCCGAAGCCCUGGAUACCGGUGUAUAACGUAUACGAACGAAUCCAACUCAGUGUAUUCAUCGCCCAAGAACUCAUCAUUUCAGGCCUCUACCUCUUCGAAACUACCAAGCUCCUCCGCCUGGAGCGCACUAUUGGAAAUGUCGGUACCCGGAAGCUUCUGUACCAUCUCAUCUCAGUCAACGCUCUUGUUAUCCUCCUCGACUUCAGUAUUCUUGCCCUAGAAUUCGCCAAUCUCUUUGAGAUCCAAACGUCCUGGAAGCCGCUCGUAUACAGCGUCAAGCUCAAACUCGAAUUCAGCAUUCUCACUCGCCUCGUCAACUUGACGCGAAAGGCCAGGAGUGGAAACGGAGCCAGCUCCUACGGCAACAACGCAUAUGGUAACAACGCAUAUGCAAACCGCGGAGAAGAGGCUGGAGGUGUGCCACUGGGAACAGUGAGGGCAAAGAGCCACAUGCAACGGUCAAUGGUAGGGACUGGCAAGGACGAAACAGACGCCUGGGAGGUCCACGUUAGCACUGGCAAGGGCAACAACAAGGCCAUGCCAGCGCAGGUGGUCAAGACGACUGAAUUCACAGUGCACAGUCACAGCAGACAAGCGAGCACAGAAAGUCUGGUGGAGAGCGGGAAGAAGGGAUUUGUCCACACGACUUCCACAGAGUCGCACGAGAUUGAGAGGGAUAGCGCGUCGUCUGUCUUGUCAGAUCCGCAUUACAGGAGACAAAAUGAAGGUCAGCAAUGGUAACACCGCUGGAAGGAAGAUACCGAUCGAUACCAAUAUUUUCCUUGUUUUUCCUAACGAAAGCGUGUCUCUCUAUAUCCGUUAAUUCUACUUCUCCCUUUUCUACAUUCUUCCAAAGCACACAUUUUCUUCUCUUCGUUUUUUUCCUUCACCCUUAACUUUUGAGAGCGCAUGCACAUCUCACGCGCACGAAUAAUGACACAAUAUUAUUUUCUCAACCCUUAUAAUACGCGUUUCCCAUAGAUGACUUGUUCUCGCCUUUGAUACACAUACACGCACACAUAUGCACAAGUUUUGGUCCUGGG